CUAGCUAGGAAGAAUUUACAUAUUUGGUAGAAUAAAGAACUGUUGGAAAAGAAAGCACAUGGGCAACUUUUAUAAAAUGAAUAGUGAUUGCCUAUGUGUUUAAAUAUAUAUGGAGCAUGACCCACCCCUUUAUCUAGCCCAAUCAAAGUUUGUCACCUCUUGGGUUGAAUAGGAUUAAGUUUGGCUAUAAAUAGCCCUUCAUUUAUAUAGAAAUUAAAAAAAAAAACAAGAAAUACUAAUACAAAAUUCUCCCUAGUUUUCAUUCCUUCCUUUUAUAUAAUUUCAUAACACGUUAGCAGCACGAGUUUCCACAAAUUCUUUCAACAGGUAUUAAAGGUUAGUAUUUAAAUUUCUUAAAUAAUGUCUAAUAUUUCCAGACGCGGAUUUAGUGCGCUAGAUAUAUCUGGCAAAUCUUAUAUGUCUUGGGCACUAGACGCAGAAAUACAUUUAAAUGCUAUGGGUCUGACAGACACCAUCAAAAAUAAUAAUAAGGCAUCAAAAUAAGAUAAAGCCAAGGCCAUGAUAUUUCUUCGUCAUCAUCUUGACGAAGGUUUAAAAAUGGAAUACCUUACGAUCAAAGACCCGCUUACAUUGUGGAAUAAUUUAAAAGAAAGAUACGACCACCUGAAGCUGGUCAUUCUUCCACAAGCUCGUAAUGAAUGGACCUAUUUGAGGUUUCAGGACUUUAAAAGUGUAACUAAAUAUAAUUCUGCGAUGUUUAAAAUUAAAUCGCAGUUUGAUUUAUGCGGGAAAAGUAUCACAGAUCACGCCAUGUUAGAGAAAACAUACUCUACUUUUCCCUCCUCGAGUAUGCUCCUGCAGCAGCAGUAUCGAGAAAUGAGAUUUAAAAAAUAUUCUGAAUUAAUUGCUCAUCUUCUUGUUGCUGAACAACAUAAUGAGCUUUUAAUAAAAAAUAAUGAAAGUCGGCCUCCUGGUACUGCUCCAUUUCCAGAAGUGAAUGCUGCAAAUUUUUGCCCAACUUGGCGUAAAAGAAGUCCUGACCCCAAUCGUGGUCGAGGUCGAGGUCGUGGUCGUGGAAGGUAUUUCAAUCAGGGUAAUAGUCUUGCAAUAAGCAAUAACCCUCAGCACCAACAAUGCAAAAAAUGGGGUAAAGCUCCUGAACUAGAACCAAGGAUGAACCCCGAAAAUAUACGUUAUUGAUGUGGAGGAAAGGGACACUGGGCGUGUACCUGUCGUAAGCCUAAGCAUCUGGUAAAACUAUAUCCGGCGUCCCUUAAAAAGCCAGAAAAUGAUGUUGAAACAAACUUCCUCCUAGAAGAUAACAUU